AUGCAGGUGCCUAGAGUGAGGCAACUGCGUGUUCAAGGAGGUGGUGCUGAGGAUAGUCCUGCUCCACAGGGAAGCCCUGAGCCCAGCGCCCAAAGGUCACCACCAAGCUCAGAAAAGGUGCAGUCCAGUUUGUCUAAGUUUUUUGGCAGCACACCUGAACAGCAGCUAUCUCAGCCAACGCCACCCAGCUUCACCAAAAACAUCACUAAGAGGCAAAGGCUCAGCAGAUUUGCAGAAGAUGCUCUGAGAGAGAGAGAAGAGCACCUUAGAAGAAUUGCUGAGCUGGAAGCUGAGAAGGCUGAGACCAAUGAGGCAUUGGAAGAAGUUGCUAGGCUCAACAAACUAAAGAGCAACAAGAGAAAGACUGGGAGGCCUAGAAAACCUGAGGAAGAUGUGGCAAGAGGCAGGAAGAGGCCAGGCACCCAGACUGAGCGUCUUGAGGUCACAGCAGCAACAAAGUACAAGUACUGCUGUGAGAUGGAGUUAGCUCAGAAGGAGUUUGUUGAUAAGAAAGACUUCUGGAAAGCAAUGGUGAGAAGGUAUGGACUGACUAAGCAGCAGCUCAUGAGCAUGCUCAGCAAGAAAGAGCAUUGGUUUCAGCUCAGCAAGCAGCAACCAAAGCUGAAAGGACUCAGAAAGCAGGAGAAGACUAGCAGAAAGAGGGCCUUUGGAGCAGGUAGGAAGGUUCCCUUCUCUGACAUCAUUGCUGGGAUGAGGCAAUGGCUCUCAGUUGAAAGGGCUUGUGGGCACAGCAUCGCGAAGGCUGAUCUGGCAGCUGAGUAUCUGGCUAGGCUCCAGCUGUCAGCUGAGAAGCUCAAAGAAGAGGCUGAGCAUAGCAAGGCUCUCACUCCCUUGCAAAAGGGCGAGCUUUUGCAUGAGGCCUCAGAAAGGUUGCAGAGGAAAAGCAAGCUUCUGGAGAAGCCUGGCUACAAGAAGUCUUUCGUCAGAAAGCUCAUUGACUGGCUGGGUGCCAAGUAUGUCUCAGCUGAAUUAGUGACCAACAUUUCUGAGACUGAGAGCAAGACCAGGUGCCUCCUGACUUGGCAGGAGUUUGACAAGACCUUGUGGUUGGCCACCUGUGCCGCAGCUGAGACCUUGAAGGCCUCAGACAGAGUGGCAUCUCCUGAGGACUUUGUCUCAGCGCGUCCUCACCUUGUCAUAGGCUUCUCAGAUCAGAUUCCUCUGUGGGCCAAGGCCACUGGCAGGAAAGCUAUCUUUGCUGAGGAAGAGAUCCAGAAGCCUGAGCACAUCAAAGACUUCUCAGAAGUGAGGCAAGCCAUUUUGGAUAUUAUGCACUCAGAUGACCCUGCUGAGAUGGUGGUGCAACCACUGGAAAAGAAGCAGAGCUUUGAGUCAGCCACACCACCAACAAAAAGGCAGCUCAGCUUUCCUUCCUCAAACCCAAGUCCACCCAGCAGUAUUGUGAGGAAGCUCAGCUUUGGAGAGGCAGCAGGGUCUUCUGAGCAAGUGGUGCCUGCCACACCUGAGGAACAGCCAGAACCUGACAACAGCAGUCAGCGUGCAGUGGCACCUGCAAUCCCUGACAAGGAGGCCUCAGCCACCACCAUCAUUGGGGUGUCAGGUGAUGAGCGCUUUCGCAUCACCUAUGAAGCAAGGCAAUUGCUUCAUUCAGUGCAUUCUCAGGAUGAGAUUGUUGGAUCAGUGUGCAAGGGCCUGCUGGUUGUGCCUGGCCAGUGGGCCAGGCUCAGCAACAUCUCAGAGGGUGGCACUUGGCUGAAGACUGAGAGCUUCCAGGUUGGAGACAAGACUGUUGUCAGGAAGCAAGGAACCUCAGUUGGAAGGAUCCUGGAGCCCUACAGGAAACUGAGGAAGAGCCACCCUGAGUUGAUGUCCAAGCUUGAGGUGAUGUCUCAGCCUGCCAGCAAUGUGGACUCAGUGAUCCUCACUUGGUCUAUCCAAGCUCAGGCUGAGCAGUACCCAUGCUCAAUGUGGAUGAGAGACUGCUUCAGCUCAGUGUUCACUGACUCAGCUGCUGAAGCCAUGGCUUUGGCCAACCAGCUAAGCUGCCUUGUAGCUGAGAAAUGCACUUCCAAGCUCCAGAUCACUGACACAGACUUUUCCAAGCAGUUCAAGGCCCUGGUCAGGAGCAAGCUGACUGAGAUGAGAUCUGAGUGGCAGACUCAGAUCAGAGAUUCCCACUCAGUUUGGAAGGUUGGCCCAAAGGAGAUUGUCACAGCAGUGGUUCAUGCCCAGGAAUUCCUCAGAAAGCUGGAGGAGCUGCUGUCUCAGAAAUGGGCCCAGGAGUUGAAGCUUGAGAUGGGCACUAAGAGGUACAAGCCUGAGUACCUCAGUGACAGACUCAAAUGGCUCAACAGUGAAGGUGUGCAAGUAGAUGCUGACUGGAAUUUGAGCGAGGUGGCUAAGAGCAUCACAGACCUUCAGGUAUGGGACUAUUUUCACCCUGAAGAUGAAGAUGAGACAGGAGAGCUUCAGAUCACAGAUGCCCUCAAUGAGGAUUUGGAGCUGGAGCUCCAAAACUCCUUGUCAUUGAGGCUGAGUCCUGCAUUGAGGCGAGCUGGCCUCAGGAGAUUGGGCACCAAGCAGUACAAAGAAGCGAAGCUCUCAGAAAAGAAGAACCCCAAGCACAGGGCAGGUAGGGCUAAGCUGAGGAAAGCUCACAGGAGCAAGUUGGUAAAGGGUUUGGCUCUGAAGGUUCAGUCCCAGUCCAGAAGAGAAGCCUUAGCAGAGAUCAAGCCUGCUGAAGCUCAGCAGAAGAAGAAGAAGGCUCAGAAACCUUCCCUGGUCUUGAAGGCAGCACUGAAGAUGAAAGCAAGUGCCAAGACUAAGCCAAGCCUGCACUCCAAGCCCUCAGCUGUUGCAAAGGCAGAGAAGAAGAUUGCUCUCAAGGCCAAAGCUGACAAGGAGCUGCGCGCAGCUGAGAAGAUUGCUGCUGAGGAGGCACCACCCCUGCCACCCCCAGCAGAAGGCCCUCCAGCCAGUGAGGAAGAUAGCCUUCUUCACACUGAUGUUGUGGUGAUCUCAGAGGCAGCUGGCAAGACCAGUUUUGGCAAGGUUGGCAACCUCAUGUCCUUCUCUUCUUCCUCAGGAGCCUACACCUUGCUGAGUGACACUGGUGCAUACCAGGUGAUGCCUGAGUGGCUGGAACCCAAGGACAGCAAGCCUGCUGUCAAGCCAGUCCAGUGGCCCAAGUGGAGCCAGCUCAGCAAAAAGGACACCAAGCUCAUCUUGACUCAGCUCAGCAGCAACCCUGAGGAUCAGAGCUCCCUGCAGUUUGAUGAAUGGUCCUACCACACAGUCCUCCCAUGCCCUCAGGAUGUUGCUGAGGUUGAAGACCAGCACCUGUGGUUGGGCUGGGUUCUGCUGAGGUGGAUGCUGAGCAAGAGCAACUUGCCAAGCUGUGAGGAGUUGGGGAUCAACUGUGUUGAUCCCAUCCUCAGCAAGCUGCUGAAUGAUCAGGAUGACCCCUAUCAGCUAGCAGCCUUAGAGGCUGGUGUUCAGAGCUGCUGGCUUGAGUCCACCAAGGUUCUCUUAGUUCCCAUCUAUGCAUCCUUCCACUGGACCCUGCUGGUGGCUAAGCGCGAAGGCCCUCAGCACCCCAUAGCAUGGACAAGGUAUGACAGCCUCAGCCAAGAACAUGCUGAGUCCCACCCUGUCCAGCUGAGAAUGGGGAAGCUGCUGGAUCCUCAGUUUGAGCUGCCACCUCUCAAGAAUGUGGCCAAGCAGCCCAUUGGCUCCAAUGCCUGCAGGUUGGAAAGCAUGGAAGGAAAGGCUCAACAAAGCUUGUGGCAAGCUAGCCUCAGAGGCUGA